AUGCGUCUGCUGUAUCUGUGGCCUCUUCUCGCACUUGUGGCCUUCGUUGCGGGCCAAUCGACGGUCAAGUGCCCUAAUCCGCGUGUGCGCAAGGCCUGGAGCACGUUUUCGCAGACCGAGAAGGACACGUACAUCGACGCUGUGAGCUUGGCCAUGAAGAACGGGCUGCAUCAACGCUUCGUCGAGAUCCACAUGGACCCCCCGUCCGAGCGCGAAGCCCACGCGUGCAUGUUCAUCUACUGGCACCGCGCGUUCUUACUCGCGUACGAAAACAUGUUGCGGUCGCUCGGUACGCAGUUUGCUUGCGUGACGAUUCCAUUUUGGGACUACCCGCGGCUCGGCGCCAACUUUGCCGGCCGGCAGUGCCGCAGUAUGCUCGACUGCAGCGAUCUCCUCAAGGACUUUGGCGGCUCGCUACCCCGAGGCAGAAACGGUGCACGCACGUACGCGGUGAGCGGAGUUUCUUUCCAGUCGGACAACUGCGUCUCGUCGCGUAUGACCCAAAACUUUUGCGAGAGCACGGCGGCGUUCAACGCGAAGAAGUGCAUCGGUUGCAUGCCCCGCAACGACUGGUCGAAGGUUGCCGUCCCGCCGGAGGUGAGCCUCCUGAGCAUGUACAACAGUAUUCUGGGCAACGGAAACCCGACACUCGCUACGGCCUCGUCCGGCAUCCAAUACGGCGCACACAACAAUGUGCAUGGCUUCCUCAGCUCGGUCAUGGGCACGUUUGCGUCGCCCGCCGACCCCGUCUUCUACGCCCAUCACGCCAUGGUCGAUGCGAUGCACACCAUCUACUACGAUUGCGUCGUGCGCAAGGCGGCGAUCAAAGACCCGACGAGAGAUUCUCGGACGUGGUCGUCUUGCCGCAACUACGUUGGCAAGACAAUCUCGCCCUCGGACGACAUCAUGAUGCAAGUUUCGGGGAAAAACGGGCGAAUGACAUCGGUGUGGAAGCUUGACAACAACCCGCUCUACACCUACUUCAAGGACCUGCCGCGACAGUACAUCGGUUAUGCGGAUACGCUCCGCAUCGACAAGCACCAGUACCAGUACACGUUCGAAGGCACGACACUCGCGGGCAUGAACACCCAGUGCUACCGUUUCAAGGCGACCAGUCUCUUGCUUGCUGAGGAGAGCACGGGCUACCCAUCGCAAGCGCCCGUGUAUGGCAUGUCGGGCGACACGAAACAGUGUGUCGCGAAGCAAGCCAAUUGGAUGGCCGAAGCGACGGCACUCGCGUCAAAGAACUACAAGGAUCCGAGCGACGUCAACAACCAAGUGCAGAUGAUGCUGUGCGUCUACUACAACGAAUGCCUCGGUGGUGUCUUCGACUACUCCGACACGUUCAAGGAGAACUUCCGUGCUGUCGUCAAGCCGCCGUGCCGCCAAAUCAUUGACGAUCUGGCCCGCAACGAUUGCGUCAUUGGUGUCGAGGGCUGGGAGAAGGUGCUUUUGAAGUCGUACACGUGCAACAGCCCGUCCAGCGAUUUUGCUUAA